GAUCAGAAGAUCAUUAUAUUUUGUUUUUAGUUCCAGAUCCAGUUGAACGUGAACCACUACUCUCACCGGCUGACAUUUCUAAGGUUUCGUUAUAGUUUUUGGUUUUGCCAUUAUGUAUCGUUCAAAAAUGUCUUUCGUGCAUUUGAUCAGGACAGAGAUCGGAUUCAUAACACAACGAUAUUAUUCAUCGGGCUCUGUUCCAACUACAAAAUUAUUCAUCGAUGGCAAAUUCGUUGAAUCAAAAACGAAAAAUUGGAUUGAACUACACAAUCCAGCUACUAAUGAUGUGGUCACACGAGUACCUAAUUCAACUGCUGAGGAAAUGCAACAAGCGUUGGAUUCUUCACGAAAAGCUUUUAAGAGUUGGUCUCAAACAUCUGUUCUAUCACGACAGCAAAUCAUGUUUAAUUUCCAAGCUCUUAUAAAAAAGAAUAUGAAUGCGUUAGCGAAAAACAUAACUCUGGAGCAAGGAAAGACACUGGUUGAUGCUGAAGGUGAUGUAUUACGUGGGCUUCAGGUAGUUGAACAUUGCUGCAGCAUUCCAUCACUAACAAUGGGUGAAAAUGUGACAAAUAUUGCGAAAGAUAUGGAUUCUUACUCAUUAACUUUGCCAUUAGGGGUAACGGCUGGCAUCGCUCCCUUUAACUUUCCUGCAAUGAUUCCCUUAUGGAUGUUUCCAAUAGCUAUUUCUUGUGGAAACACAAGUAUUAUUAAGCCUUCAGAACGCGUUCCUGGAGCUACAAUGAUUCUUAUGGAGCUUUUAAAUGAGGCCGGAUGCCCACCAGGAGUAGUAAAUGUAAUUCAUGGUACGAAUGAUGCUGUUAAUUUUAUCUGCGAUGCUCCUGGGAUCAAAGCAGUUUCAUUUGUCGGUUCGGAUCAAGCCGGUAAAUACAUAUAUGAACGUGCAGGCCGUAAUGGAAAACGUGUCCAAAGUAACAUGGGUGCAAAGAAUCAUGGUGUGAUAAUGCCUGAUGCCAACAAAGAAAACACUUUAAAUCAAUUAACAGGAGCAGCAUUUGGAGCUGCCGGUCAACGUUGUAUGGCUCUUUCAACUGCUAUAUUUGUAGGAGAAGCUCGUAAUUGGAUUCCAGAUUUAGUUGAACGAGCCCGCAGUUUGAAGGUUAAUGCUGGACAUCUUCCUGGAACUGACGUUGGGCCAGUCAUUAGCCCACAAUCUAAGCAAAGAAUUUUGGAUUUAAUUCAGUCAGGAAUCGAUGAAGGAGCUGAUUUAAUCUUAGAUGGGCGACAUAUUAAAGUUUCUGGAUACGAGAAGGGUAAUUUCGUUGGACCAACGAUUUUGUCAAAUGUCAAUCCACAGAUGAAAUGCUAUAGGGAAGAGAUUUUUGGACCUGUUCUCGUCAUUUUGACAACAGACACAAUUGAUGAUGCAAUUUCACUUAUCAAUGAAAACCCAUAUGGAAAUGGAACAGCUAUUUUCACAACUAAUGGUGCAACAUCAAGAAAAUUUGUUAAUGAAAUUGACGUUGGACAAGUGGGUAUAAAUGUGCCAAUUCCAGUGCCAUUGCCAAUGUUCUCAUUUACUGGAACCCGUGGCAGUUUUUUGGGUGACCACCACUUUUAUGGCAAACAGGGAGUUAAGUUCUUCACUCAAACUAAGACUGUGACUCAAUUGUGGCGCCAAAAUGAUGUUAGUCACACUCAAGCUGCAGUCGCAAUGCCCACUAUGAAAUAAAAAUGAAUAUAAAAUAAAUAUUAUAAUCUAUUAUAAAACCGAUUUGCAUUUAUAGUUGUACCUAGAUAUACAAAUGUACGUAUAAUUCUGUGUUGAAGAAAUUAAACCAAGUAAACUAAGAGA